GAUCGAUCAAAGAAAGGGAAAAAAAAACUCAAAACACCUUUAUAAAAAAAACACAAAAAGGAGAGGAAAAAAGUGUUGAAUAUGACUAUCAAGAAACAACUAAGAUCCAUCAGUUUACCUUCAAGAUCACAUCCGAGCACGGCAGGGAUCGAGGAAGCUCUUAACAAGGUUAAAGCGAUUAACACCACGCCGGGUUCUUCAGAAUCAAUCUUGACGGCAUUGGCUGGUUUGGAGGAGCUCUAUAAUCGUACGGAGGAGUUUCUUAAAAUGGGUUCGACUCAGCGUGUUAUGUCGUCGGAUGUAUCAGAGUUUAUGGAGGAGAUGCUCGAUGGGUCUUUAAGGCUAAUGGAUAUAUGCAAUAUCUCUAGAGACCUCAUGGUGGAGACUCACGAACAUGUUCGUGGUGUUCAGUCAUGUGUCAGACGCAAGAAAGUAGCCAGAGGAGGAGCUGAUCAACUCGAUGUCGCUGUCGCUGGCUAUGUCAGAUUUAGAAAGAACAUGAGAAAAGAAACUAAGAAGGUUCUUGGAUCCUUGAAGAAAUUCAAUGGAGAGUCAUGUUCAUCGUCGUCGGGGGUAAGUGAUGGCCAACAAGAUGAACACCUUGCGGCAGUUAUAAAUGCGAUGAGACGAGUAGUUUCAGUUAGCGUGUCGGUGUUGAAGUCGUUCUUGGAGUUCUUGUCGGGACGAGAAAGUAACAUUAAGAGCAAGUUGUCUUCGGUACUAAAGAAAAAGAAGGUUCAUCAUGAGGAGACGAAGAACGAGUUGGAGAGUUUGGGUUCAUCGAUAUGUUGCUCUCGUGAUGACCUACAAAAUAAGCUUGAAGAGGUCGAGAUGAGCAUUGACGGAUUCGAGAAGUAUCUAGAAGGUUUAUUUCGAAGGUUGAUAAGAACACGAGCCUCGCUUCUCAACAUAAUCUCUCAUUAAAUUCUAAAUUAUGCAUGUAAACUGUAAAGUGGUAACUUUCGUAGGCAUUCGACUUUAGAGAAUUUGCCGAAAAAAUAUUUUGUACACUAAUCAAACAGAUAAACGUAGAAGAUAAUUAAAUACAUUUUGUAAAAAUAGAUACAAUACAGGUAUACAUACAAGCCAUCGUGUGAAGAAAAUGCA